AUGUCAACCUUCGGUAACAGACGCCUCGAAAACGAGGAUGAUGUUUUCGAGCAAAAUGCCUGGGAUGAUUAUGAGUGGACUGAGGAGAUGGAGCAAGAGGUACGCGCAAUGCUAAAUGUUACAUCUAUCAUAACCAUGUCGGAGGAAGAACGCGAACAAUUUAUAACCAAAGCAUCGAAUUUUUGGGAUGAAUUUUACGGUAAACACGAGUCCAAGUUUUUCAAAAACCGAAAAUGGCUGCCCCGUGAAUUCGACGAAUUACUGGAUGGGUCUUUAUGCUCAGGCAAUUUCGCUUAUGGACCUGCAUCAUUUCCGGGCAAAGAAAGUAGUCUUCGAGUGCUAGAGGUUGGUUGUGGGCCUGGUAAUUCAGUUGCUCCUAUUCUUGAAAAUCGAUGGAGAGGAGAAAACAAUACAUUCGUUUAUGCCUGUGAUUUCUCAGAAAAAGCCGUCGCUCUUGUCAAAUCUUCUCCACACUUCAGUCCUAAGCACUGUCUUCCCUUCCAGCAAGAUAUUUCAAAACCGAAUUUAACUUGGCCUUUUCCGCCAGAAUCUGUUGAUGCAAUCUGCUGCAUUUUUGUUCUCUCCGCAAUCAGUCCCUCUAAUUUCUCCCAAACUAUCCAAAAUCUGUAUGCUUGUCUUCGACCGGGCGGUCUCUUAUUCUUUCGCGAUUAUGGUCUCUACGAUCUUUCUCAAAUUCGGUUCAAACAGGGCCGUUGUAUAGGACAAAACUUCUACACGAGAGGCGAUGGUACUUGUGCUUACUUUUUUCAGCAAGAUGAAGUAACAAAACUCUUCACGGAUCAGGGAUUUAAAGAGAAGCAAAUCAGAACAGAUCGAAGACUGAUUGUGAAUCGACGGAAAAAGUUGAAGAUGUACAGAGUCUAUAUUCAGGGAAAGUUCCAGAAAUCAUAUAAUUAUUUACCACCGGCGGAGUGA